UUGGUGUUAUCGAUCGAAUAUAAUACCAGUAAAUACCAGUUUAUCUGUUGUUAUAACCCUUCCUUUUGCCACUGACACAAGAUAAGAAUAUCCUAUUUUCUUCCACGUUGACUCGUCGUAUUUUAAAACAAUGAGAAUUAGUUCUUCAAAGCUUCGUUGUGGUGCAAUAGUUUGCUGUGGCAGCUGUUUCAUAUUGUUGUGUACAUCAGUUCUUUUUGAUGCAAAAGUAUGGACAUCGUGGAGCAUUCUCAAAGAAAGAUUUUCUGAGGGAAACUUAAAACAAACCCAGAUCUCUCCCGCAGAGCUUCGAAAAAUAUUAAUGUUGAAAAGGGUUCAUCAUUUACAGUCAUCGUGCAAAAGGGCAGACAUUGGUGCAUAUAGAUUUAACUUUAAGCAGGUGUCUGAGAUAUUUUAUGUGGAUACAAAAUCCAAUUUAUCCUAUUGUAAAGUACCAAAAGCUGGAAGUUCGUUUAUGACCGACAUUUUUCUUGUCCUGAAUAACGACAGGCAAAACAUCACUAAAUACUCCGAUGAAAGUUCAGAAUUAGUUGACCAAAUGUUUGAAUUAAGUCGGAGUCGCGUUCAUAUGAUUGGAAAUGAAAAACUUCGCACACCUUCGCUGAUUACUGACGAACAACAGUCAAAGACAAUGACUAUAAUCAUCUCAAGAGAUCCAUAUUCCAGACUCUUCUCGGCAUAUGUGGAUAAGUUUUACCUCCUCGGACUUGUCAAAACUGCUCGCGAAAUCUCACAGAGAAGCGACAAGAAAGGUUUAUCAUGUGGGUAUAAUGUGACCUUCCAGGAAUUUUUGGAUUACGUCAUUAGCAAAUCGUACGGUGGAUAUCAGAUCAACAGACAUUGGGCACCAGUUUAUUUACUGUGUCACGCGUGUGACGUCAGGUAUGACGUCGUGGCUACAACACAAACGUUGUCUGCUGAUGUGGAACAUAUAUUGGAUUAUAUCAAUGUGACAGAUUCUACGAAGAACAAUUUGAUCAAAUUAAUCCACGAUAAAUACGACAACAAAACCGUGAUCAGUCUAAUUGACACAUACAUAAAACUCUGGAAAAAGAAUAAAAAGCUUUGUCCAGAAUUCAGGGAAUAUCUGUCAAAGAUCUGGAAAUCGUUGCAAAUUCAGGGAAAAUUGAAAUCUGAAAUAUCUUUUCCUACACUGGAGUUCUCAAGACUUAUCAAAAAAGAAGCAAAUAUUAGUCACUUUACAAACGUAUUUCUUCACUAUGUGUCAAAAUACAAAGUGAGUUCUGAAGAAAGGACAUUUCAGAGAAGGAAAGCACUGGUAGACGCUUUCAGAACUGUGAAGGAGACCACAAUACGUAAAAUACAGGAGUUGUACAAAUUGGACUUUUUAUUGUUUAAGUACGACAUGUCACCGCCUAAGACGAUAUGAGAGAGAGAGAGAGAGAGAGAGAGAGAGAGAUGUAUAUAGGACAAGUAUACUUGCAACAUAAUACAUGUUUAUAAUAAUUUAAUGAUUUCACAUACUAGUUAUAACAUGCUACAUGUAGGUUGCCAAUAUUUAAAGUAAAAAUACUACUAUUUUGAGUAACAUACUUUCAUUUCAAAUCUGAAGCAUUUUCUAACACACGUGAUUAAUUCUAACACACGUGAUUAGUUCUGAUACUUUUUAUACACCGUAAAGUUGGGUCAAAUAACACGAGACAUUUUCUAUGGUAUUUUUAUGCCCCCGAGAUCGAAGAUCGGGGGGCAUAUUGUUUUUGUCCUGUCUGUAAUUCUGUCUGAAACUUUAACCUUGCUAAUAACUUUUGAACAGUAAGUGAUAGAGCUUUGAUAUUUCACAUGAGUAUUCCUUGUGACAAGACCUUUCCGUGGGUAUUGAACCUUUUGACCUUGACAUUUGACCUACUUUUUUUUUUUUUUUUUUUUUUUUUUUUACAUUGGUCAUAACUUCUAAAUGGUAAAUAUUAGAGCUUUUAUAUUGUACAUAAGCAUUUCUUUUGACAAGAUCUUUCUACUGGUACCAAGAUAUUUGCCCUUGUGACCUUGGCCAUCUUCAGAAUGGGCCAUUAUCGGGGGCAUUUGUGUUUCAUAAACACAUCUCUGUUUAUUUUGCGAAUCUAUUUGGGUGCUAAAAUUAAAAUAACCUUUUGCAUAAAAUAAGCUAUAUUCCACGAGUAUCACGUAAGUAAAACAGGGAAUAAGAUAUAAUACUUUAGUUUAGAUAGGUUAUUAAUUACAGAUUUGACAAUAGGAUGUAAGCAUAGGAGCAUCCUCUCUAUAUAAAAGACACACAUAUUCAAACAUUUCUCCGUUUGCCUGAUCAAGAUACAUGUAUAAGGCACACAGCGCGUUUAAUCUGUUAACAGAGAAUGCUUACUCCUCCUAGGCGCUUGAUCUCACCUCUGAUGUUUCUAGAAGUCUGUGUUGCCCAACUCUUAAUUGUGUAUUCUUUAUAGGAUUUAUGACAUUGAUGUCUGUUACCUUCACUUGUUCAUUGUACAGCUGAACCCACAGGCACUUAUAUCGCUUGGGGCCUAAUUACUAUAUAUAAGAGUAAAGGUAUAGAACUCUUUCCACAGGGUACCUCACUUUACCGUAAAAAAAUAAUAAUAAAUAAAAUGUUU